AUGGCGAUGACGAAGGUGAAGGGGCUGCAGAUGUGGUGUCAGCGCCGGGUUGAGGGAUACCGGGACGUGAACGUCGUCGACAUGACCAAGUCUUGGAAGAGUGGCCUGGCCUUCUGUGCACUCAUACACAAGUUCCGACCAGACCUAAUUGACUAUGACUCCCUGUCCAAGGAAAACAUCUUCGAGAACAAUCAGCUGGCGUUUGAGGUUGCGGAGCGUGAGUUGGCGAUCCCGGCGUUGUUGGAGGCGCAGGACAUGGUUGAGAUUCGUGUGCCAGACAAGCUGAGUGUCGUCACCUACGUGUCCCAGUACUACAACUACUUCAAGGAUGCUCCACAGUUAGGUGGACCAGGUGUGACAGCCAAGCAGACGUCAAGCAGUUCACACAAGAGAUCCCCUGCUGUUCAACCAGUGACUGGGCCAGAAAUCAAGCGGUUUGCUCCAGCCAAUGAUAGGAAUGUGGAAUCCGCAACACCCAAGAGAAGCGAGGAAGCCAAGAAGACCAGCACUCUGGGAGAUAAGUGUGUGAUAUGCAACAACAAAGUAUAUUUGCUGGAACGACAAAUUGAAAAUGGCAAACUCUACCACAGAUCCUGUUUCCGCCAUAGUGAGCUCUCCCCGACAGCCAAGGUUUUUAAAUCAUCCCUCUCCUCACCUUCUGACGACUUUGCGAGUAAAGCGAAAGUGCGUAAAACCGAUGAAAGUCCCUCACGGGCAAAGUCAAAUGGACUCAAGCAUGUGGAAACAUCUCAGAACAGUAAAAGUGACCCAACUAAGUCCUUGUUUUCAAAUGAUAAUAGAUCACAGCCAACUACUGCAAGUGAAACACCAUCAUCCAAACCUGAUCCAUUGUUGGAACGGUUGAAAAGCAGGAUGGAAGUUGACAAGAAAGAAAGUGAAGUUCCCAAGUAUAAGAAGAAUCGACCUCUCAUUUUACAAACGGGCACAAAGGAGUCUGAUGAUAGUAAGAAGGCUGAGCCUCCCACGCCAACAUUCAAUGCAAAGAAGUUUGACAAACAUGAAUUUGGUUUUCUCUCAAAGAAUAAAGAAUCAAAUACAAAGGCUGAAGAAUCAAAACCAAAAGAAACUAAGUCAGGGUUCCUUACCUCUAAAACAGAACCAUCUAAACCUACAGAGACAAGUAGUAAGACAGACUUUCCUGUGCCAAAGUCAAGGAAGUUUGGUGUAAAGGAAACUACGAAAGUUGAAAAAAUGGACACAUCCGAACCUUUCGGAGCAAAGUUAAAGCAUGUCUCUCCAACACCUGUUAAAAAGACAUUUGAAAAAACUAAUGAUAACUCCAAGAAACCUGACCAGGUGAAACCUAAAUCACCUGGAUUUGGGAAAAAGUUGUUAAUAUCUCAUGCCAAAGAUAAGGUGAACACGCCCGACUCUCCCCCUCCUCCUCUCCCAUCAUCACAGCCCCCAAGUAAACUCACCACCAAGUACACCCCACAUACAGAAGCUGCUCCCCCUGUGCCCUCGUCAAUGCCCCCAUCCUUCCCCUAUAAAUCAAGUAACAUCACAGUCAAUCUCUCCACCACCACCACCACCAGCUCCACUAAACCUACAAACAAGGUGGGCAUUCUCAAAACCACCACCACUACCACCACCACCACCACCACCAAUGUUCCCAAGGGCAUCACCACCAAUGUUCCCAAAGGCACCACCACCAAUGUUCCCAAGGGCAUCACCACCAAUGUUCCCAAAGGCACCACCAGUGUCCCGAAGGACACCACCACCAAUGCAGCACCCCUUAAACCACCCAGGUUAUAUAUAGCAGACGUUAGAUCCGAGAGUCCCAUGGAUGUGGAUGAGGCGUUACAUAAGGCGUCACAUCCAAGACCUGGGUCUGAACCUGUUGCAGUGCUUGUCAAUCCCACUGACAAGAACCCUGCUAAGGAAAAGAGGGUUUUAGGUGGACUGUUAGCAAGUCUAGCUAAUGUUCGACAGAGUAAAACAGAUGAUGUGACAUCGCCAACAGACAAUUCAUCAAAUAAAAUGCCCCCUGUUGCUAAGUCUAGUACAGAGGUGAAAAGAGAACCAAAUUCAAAUAGACCAAAGAGUGAGUCUGCACUUCCGAAAUCUAAAGUCGAAUUAAGUGUUGCAAAAACAAAGGUUGGUGCUGAUGUGUCAAAGAAAGAGGUCAGUGAUGGGAAAAGUAAGUCCCCUUUUUCAUUUGUUUCGGAUAAGAUAGGAAUAUUCAAAAAGGAUGAAAAUAAGGAAAGUGCUGACAUAAUUUCAAAAGGUGAACAUAGAUCUAAAGUCACAGACACUUCUUCAAGCAGAACAAGUGCAAUAUCUUCCAGUGUAAAUUUGACGUCUGGUGCUGAGAAGUUAAAAAUGAAAGACACAAGUAAGUCUAAACCAGAGGAGAGUGUGCCAAGUUGGAAGAAGGAUACAGGUUUGAAGGAGCUGAAAUCAAAGGGGAACAAUUUGCUGCAGGACAGUAAUGUUUCGAGUAAAGGCUCUGACAAUGUACCAUCUUGGAAAAAAAGUGAUUAUUCAAAGACAAGAGGAUCUGAUCUGCUGCAGGAUAGCAAGUCAGAGCAGAAGUCUAAGUCAGAAGCAUCAGACCAGGUUCCUUCAUGGAAACAGAGAUUGCACGAUAAAGAUCAGCAUAAAUCAGACUUACUGCUGGACAGUAAUGCUAAACACAAGUCUGAGCCUGUUGCCGGCGACGACACUCCUCCAUGGAUGAAAGCUUUAGAGAAACGAAAAGCUGAAAAGGCAAGGCCAAAAUCAGUAGAUGUUUUGUUAGAAGAGUCUGCCUCUAAACAGGGCAAAUCCGAUCUGGUGGAAAUGAGGGUGAAGCCUAAAGAUGAGCAAGGUUCCCCAGGUUUGAAAGAAAGAGCAAAGUCGGCCAGUAUAUUGGAUGACUCGACAGCGAAGCCAACAUGGCAAUUGGAGGCACAGAGACGAUUGGCUCACAAUAAGCAAGCAUUUGUUGAUCCAGAAAAAGGUAUGGUUGCAACUUCAGACUCGGCUGACUCUAAACCAGUGCAAACUGCUCCUCAGAAGAAGCCUAGGACAUCCCACCCAAUCAGCGACACGCCCAUACGACCGCCAAGGCUAAAGAUUUCACCCAAACCAGUCAGCCCUCCUCCCAGUCCCACAGCUCCUGUCAGACAGCUCAAAAAGAUCUCAAUUGGUGAUAGGUUUGAGUUUAACCCCACUGAGAAGAAGAACAAGGAGCCACCAUCACCAUUGAAGACUCCACCUCAACGGCCCCCUGCUCCUAGAGGAAGUCCUUCCAAGACUGUCAGUCCAGGCCGAAUGUCUCCUGCCAUCAUCCAGAAACAGCUUGACGACAUUGAUAAAAAACUAAAUAACCUGGAAAUGAGAGGACGAGAUUUGGAGGACUCAAUCCGUAACGUGGAUACUACUGACGAGGAAGAUAAUAUGAUGAUUGAAUGGUUCAAACUCAUUAACUCCAAGAACGAAUUGGUUCGCAAAGAGGCUGACCUUAUAUACAUAUCCAAACAGCAGGAUCUGGAGGAUGAACAGGAAGACAUCGAUGAAAUGCUGAAUUACCUUGUCAUGAUACCAGAAUCUAAGAAGACUAAAGCUCAGAAGAAGAGGGAAGCUGACCUGAUAGAAAAGAAGUUGGCCAUUGUCAACCAGCGCAGCAACAUCGUCGACAGCAUCGACGAAGACAGGAUCAGAUACAAGGAAGAAGACAAAGACAUUGCCAUAAUGUUAGAGGAGAAAGUGCGGAGAGGCAGACAAAGGCAGAUGCGCCAAGGCUAUGUUCAAGGUUGGAUUCAGAGGUGGUGGGCAUUCGUACGUGCCCUUAUAUGCCGUCAGUGGAUUUAGGAUUUUCCAAAGGCCACAAAGCAAAAGAAGAGAAGAAACCAAAGACAAGUGGCUUCAUCCUGUACUAAUGUGGCAGUGGCAGUCUGUCCAACCUAGAGGGGCAAGGAGGACAGGAUUGAUGCAAGUGUGCCCUCUCCAUAUUGAACAUGGUUAAAGGAGGGCUCCAUUCAUCCAAAUAGGCUGGACAUGCCUAAUUGUCAUUGGUUAGGCAUAGAUACUUACUUCAUUUCCUGAUUUAGCUGCAACAGAGCGUCUCCAGAACUACACACUUGAACCUGACCAAGAAGACCAGCUAAUGUUUAGUACCAUUGUAUGCAAUGUCAGGCCCAUGUCACAGCCAGUGGUUUGCCUUAUGGUUAAUGCAUAGUUCUAUUGGCAAGGCCAAGGGUUGGUUGCCAGCAGCAGAUAUUGUGUGAUGAACAAUCCAUGUCCACAGUAACAUUGCCAGUAUUUCUAAGAGAAGCAAGAAACAUUAGUGAUGCCUAGAAUGUUGGACAUCUGCCAAAAGGUGCACCUUUCUGGGAUAUUUAAACAUGUUGAUAUGCACCUUGAUCUUGCAUUGACUCAGUGGUCAUGGAUGCACUAUUAAGAGUACAUCACAAGAACAAUGGAUAACACCACUCUACCAAGGAACAAGCCACAUUUGUAUUCGGCUUGUAUCAUCAAAUAAUCUUUACACUGACUUAAAAGGGAGAUAACCCUGUAUUUCAAGCCAAAUUAAUUUUGUUACUUCAGAGACCAUAGUCAGAAAAUUGUCUCUGCAUAUUCAUUUCACAGGUUUGACCUUCACUUUUUAGCGAAUUUGCAACAACAAAAACAGAAUUAACGAAUCCCAUUACAGGAAAUAAUUGUGUUCUGUAACUUUGUGUCUAAAUAGCAUCGACAUUUUGACUGUUUGGACUCUGGACAAGAUCCACUUGUAGCGAGAGGAAAAGUUUUUCUUUUUCCAAAAAAUAUAACGACAAGAAGAAAAUAAGAAAGUAGGAUUUGAGAUUGUUGUUUUGUUGGGUUGUUUUAUGGGGGGGUGUUUUUUUUCUUUUGGACUGCCAAUAUCGUGGAUAUCAGUCCAUAAAAGAAGUAAUAAAAUUAUUCUGGCCCUAAUACAGUGGGUGAGUGAGUGAGUGAGUUUGAUUUUAUGCCGCUUUUAGCAAUACUCCAGCACCAGAAAUGGGCUUCACACAUUGUACCCAUGUCGGGAAUCGAACCCGGCUCUUUGGCAUGACAAGCCAACGCUUUAACCACUAGGAUGCCCGACCGCUCCAUGUAAAUACAGAGUAAACUUUGCAGUCCAGUUACUUUGUAUUGCAGCCUUGUGGUUUACCCGUGUAGCUGAUGACAAGUCAAGUCAGAAUAAUCAUAAUAAUGUUUUAACGGAGGCCGGAAAAAGAAAAGAUCAAUUUUGAUAUUUAAUGAAACACCAACACUGUUUGGCAAGUAUGUGGUUAGAAACUAGUCAUUACAAACUUAUUUAUGUCAUAAUACUAAACUGUCUUUCUGGACAUUGUAACAUUGCAUUGAAAUGCAAAAGACUUCAACAGAUGCAAUAAGGUACAUGUAUAUGUUUUUUUUCAACAGUAAUAUACUCUUGAAAUGACUAAUGUUUUCAUUUUAUUGUGCUUCAACCUUAUAGUGCUGUUAUAUAUAGUAUGUUAUUCUUAUGUAUCAAGACAAUAGUAGUUGACUUCCAAAAUUGAAUAAUUAUUUAUUAUCUGUAGAUGAGUUCAGAAAUUAUCAGAAUUUUGCUGGUGCCCAUUUUCGUUGGCUUUCUUUUCGAAAAUUCUGUUUGGUAGAAGUAAUUCCAUAUUUUAUGAUCAAAUGAACUUGACGUCACUCAUUUGUAUCAGUCAUUAUGAAAUAUGAUGUUACUUCUGCAAUACAGGAGUUUCUGGUUGGAAGACAAUCUAUUAGAAAAUGGGCAUUCUGACAAUGUUUUGAACUAUAAUAUAUUAAUGAAUAAGGUAUACUGCAUUUCCAUGUUAUAAUUUGGCAUUAUUUUAAAUUUGCAUGAACAGUUUUAGCAGUGUUUUUUUUAUUAUUCUACUUGGAUUACAGAUUCAACCUAAAUGUGCAAUAAGUAUAGAAUUAAAGUUCAGUAAUAAAAAAAAGGGAAAUAUUUCAUGCUCGUGCAAAGAAACACUGCAAGCAGGAAAAGAGGGAUCAGAAAACUGUCAUCAACAUAUCUCAACAAAACAUUGAACAGUGUAAUUAAUCAUUUUGUACACUAGACAGCAUUUGAUUCUUUUAGUUUUAAAUGUUCUCGCAGCUUCUCUUGUGGCUUAAUCAUCUGAAGUGUUCCACUUCAAACUGUUCAAUACAUAUUGACAUUUUGCAUUUUUUCAUCAACCUAAAAAUGUCCCAUGAUCACAUAACCAAUGCCUUCUUCACAAGAUUGAUGUGAUGACCAUUGAAUAGAUUCAUGGUAUUUCUUCUAAAACAGUGCAGUGAUCAAAAUAGUACACAAUCAAAUAUAUAUUGAAGUAUGUAUGCUAUUAGCAGAAUGCAUUUCCAUUGUACAAAUAUUGUUUAAUACUGAUAUUAUAGAUUUAUAUCAUUAAUGCAUGUAAUUGCUUGAGCACUAUUAAGUUUUAAUUCUAAAUCGGUUUUCUUAAAAGCAACAUCUGUUUUAAAUGCAACUGUUAUCUGCAUAUACAUAGCAUUUUUCUAUUAGCAAAUCAGUUCUAACAAUAUACCAAGUAAUCAUUUGGAGUUACUCAUCGAGUAAUGGCUCAUGCUGAUUACUGAAAUUAAUAGGAAGUACCAGUAUGUUUGAUAUAAUGGGCCCCUAGUUGUCUCAUAUUGACUAGUCAUUGUAAGUAUUUUUUCUGUAAACUGAUGAGAAGAUACAUUUAAAUUUAAACUGUAUGUUGUCUUAUGAAAUAGAAAUGAAAGAAAGAUCAAAUGAGAAGUUUGUUAUUUUGAUUUGAUUCCAUCAUAUGAUAGAACAUUGUGUAUGUGUGGCAGUCAAUAAGAUACAGAAUGGUUCAAAUAUUUAUGGUCAAAGGAGCUGAUUGAUGAUUGUUUGAGUUGUGCCCCUUUGCAGUACAAGGAUCUGUUGAUAAUUUAUUCAAAUCUCAGAUUUUCCACAAUUAUAUUCACUCACAAAAUCUUGUGAGUGUGUUUAGUUUAACGCCGCUUUUAACAGUAUUCCUCACAAAAUCUUGUGCGUAAGUUAGCAGUUUAAUUUAUAUAUAUAUAAUAUAUCAUAUUGUGUUGGAAGCUAUUCAUUCUGUAAUGGUGCUAUGGUGUAAACUUUGGUCAUAUUUCUUGCCAUAUUGCUUGGCAAACUGCAUAAAGCAAGAGCAUUGAUUGACAUGAUAUCAUUUGUACAUAUUUGCUCUUUUGACAAUAAAAUGUGUAAUGAUA